AUGGCGGACACGGAGGUUUAUGUUUCAGCAGCUUCGGUGAAGAAGAAGAAGAAGGCAAAGAAAGUCAGUGAAGAAGAAGUCGGGGAGAUCCAACAGAGCGGAGACUUCUUCAUCCAACCAGAGUCUAAAGUCAUCUCUCUGGACACUUCUCAGUGGCCCCUUUUAUUAAAGAAUUUUGACAAAUUGAACGUCCGGACAACUCACUACACUCCCCUACCGAAUGGCAGCAACCCCCUUAAGAGGGGCAUCCAGGACUAUGUCAGGUCUGGCUUCAUUAACCUGGACAAACCGGCGAACCCGUCAUCUCACGAGGUGGUGGCAUGGAUCCGGAGGAUCCUUCGGGUGGAGAAGACAGGUCACAGCGGGACGCUCGACCCAAAGGUCACGGGCUGUCUGAUCGUGUGUGUAGACCGAGCCACGCGGUUGGUCAAAUCUCAACAGAGCGCCGGUAAAGAGUAUGUGGGAAUCGUUCGGCUGCACAAUGCAAUAGAGAGCGAACACGCUCUCGCCCGGGCAUUGGAAACACUGACCGGCGCUUUGUUCCAGCGACCGCCACUGAUCGCUGCCGUCAAACGGCAACUGAGAGUUCGUACGAUCUACGAGAGCAAACUGAUCGAGUAUGACCCUGAGAGGAGGCUAGGUAUCUUCUGGGUGAGUUGUGAAGCAGGAACUUAUAUUCGGACUCUGUGUGUCCACAUGGGUCUGCUGCUCGGUGUCGGAGGUCAGAUGCAGGAACUGAGGAGAGUCCGGUCUGGUGUCCUAGGAGAGAAGGACAACAUGGUGACGAUGCAUGACGUCCUAGACGCUCAGUGGCAGUUCGAUCACAACAAAGACGAGACGUAUCUUAGGAGAGUCAUCUUCCCGCUGGAGAAGCUGCUGGUGUCUUACAAACGGCUGGUGAUGAAGGACAGCGCCGUAAACGCCAUCUGUUAUGGAGCCAAGAUCAUGUUGCCAGGUGUCCUCAGGUACGAAGACGGCAUUGAGGUGAACCAGGACAUAGUCGUCAUAACAACCAAGGGGGAGGCGAUCUGCACAGCGGUUGCUCUGAUGACGACUGCUGUGAUCUCCACAUGUGAUCACGGCGUUGUGGCGAAAAUAAAGCGGGUGAUCAUGGAGAGAGACACAUAUCCUCGGAAGUGGGGUCUGGGCCCAAAGGCGAGUCAGAAGAAGAUGAUGAUUAAGAAGGGACUCCUCGACAAGCAUGGGAAACCAAAUGGCAGCACGCCACAGGACUGGAAGAACCAAUAUGUUGACUACAGUGUCUCCAAGGCGACUGAGGAGUCGUGUGAUGCUUCAGGAAAAAGAAAGAGGGAGGACAGCGACGGCGAAGUGACGAUGCCCUCUACACCCUCUGCAGAGGAAGUAAAGAAAGAGAAGAAGAAGAAGAAAGAGAAGAGAGCCAAACUGGAGGCAGAGGCUGUGGAGGAAGGGGCAGGGGAAGCACUUGAGACCGAGGCUGGUGAAAGCGCCAAAAAGAAGAAGAAGAAGAAGAAACAGAAAGAAGGUGACGCAUCAGAGUGACGGAUCAACAGGUGAACAGGACAGUCAGAGACUCCGCCCAAUGUCACACACCUGUCUGAACACCAGGAUGCAAAGCAUUCUGGGAGUUAAUAAUGGACUGUAUGAAUGCAGAAAGGAUGGUUUUGUUUUUUUUAUAUAAAUGUUUUUUUUUUUGUUUUUUCCAGCUGUAAAUACUUUAACAGGAAGUCUGUUUGUAAUUUCAAAAUAAAAGUCUGUUUUCUGUAUUUGUUA